UCUCAGCUGCCCCGGUACUGAUCCUCCUCUUCAUCACAGACUCAGCUCCUCUUCCUCCAACUCUACAGGUCACCUCCAGCAUGGCGGCGCUGUGGCUCCAGUCUGUCUCUCUGCUGGUCUUACUGAUCGUAUCGUGGCCAGGCUCCCAGGCCGUCGCCCCCCCACAGCACCUCUGCGGCUCUCACCUGGUCGACGCCCUCUACCUGGUCUGUGGGGACAGAGGCUUUUUCUACAACCCCAAGAGAGACGUCGACCCUCUGCUGGGUUUCCUCCCUCCGAAGGCGGGCGGAGCUGCGGCGGCGGGCGGCGAGAACGAAGUGGCCGAGUUCGCCUUCAAGGACCAGAUGGAGAUGAUGGUGAAGCGGGGCAUCGUGGAGCAGUGCUGCCACAAGCCCUGCAACAUCUUCGACCUGCAGAACUACUGCAACUGAACAGCGCUCCGCCUGGCCU